GCAACCCAAUAAACGGCCGCCGCCCUACCCAUACCAAUACCCCUCCAGCUGCUCAACAAUGUUCGAAGACUUUCUCAAGAGCGCGAACAAUAACCCCGUGAUCAUCCAACACCUUUGCGAUUCUCAACGAAGUAAGAGAAACGAAGAACAGAAGCACCAUCUACUGAGCGAUGAUUUCAAAGGCGUGAGACCCGAUCAAUACCUAAUCAAUUACCUCAACGACCCGAAAUAUGUUGACCCAAGAAACAAUUUGUGUAUUUGGGCGAGACCUACAGAAGCUGUGAUGAGACUGGUGGCGGAAAUUCAGAAGGAAUUACUUACCCUGGCUCCUGGUACGUGGAAAUCCUAUCUCACAUCGAUCUGAGUUAUCAUUCUGACAUAUUGAUUUGCUAGGUAUAUGGACAACUCCGCUUGAAUCAUUACACAUGACAGUUCUCGAAAUCGUACAUACGGCCACCACAGAAGAGGUAAACUCAUGUGCAAAGAAGCUCCAACCUUGCUUGAAGGAAAUGGUCAACUACACGCUCGAUCAUCGAACGCGGCUUGUCAAACCGAAACUGAAUUUUGACGACGCGGCUGUGGCUCUUUCCUUCGUGCCUGCGGCUGGUGAGGAUAGGGAUGGUGCAAGUGAGGAUAGAGAUGAUGCAAGUGAGGAUAGGUAUACGUACCUACACCUCCGCUCAGACUCUUCGGAUAUUUGUUCGAGGAAUGGAGUUGAGGUUGCGGCGAGAUAUGAGACUACUUCGAGUCAUAUGACGGUGGCUCGUUUCGUUAGGAAGGAUGAACAUGGUGAGAGGGAAGCGAUGGAGUUGUGGAUAAGUAAAAUUGAGUCUUUGAAUCGUUGGCUUGAGGAUGAGUGUUUUCCACAAGAGAAUCUUCAAGAGAAGGGGAGAGGAGAGCAUGUUGGGCUUGAGUGGUACAUUGGGGCAGAAAGGGGACUUGAAAUUCGAACUCGGGAUCUUUGGUAUGGGGGUGGGGUUUCUGUUGAAGUCGGGGAGCACUUUUGAUGGGAAAUCUUUCUCUUGAUUGAUUCAUCUGUGGGAUUCGAGUGGGAAUAUAAAGUAAAUCCCUUGUGAAAGCAUGGAGAGCGCUCACCAAAUAUGCUAACCAAUCCAUGAACAGGUUUUCAAUCGCCCGAGUGACCCUUAGCACUGGUAUUCGCAUGCUACUUCCUACCGUAAGAUAAGGUGAUAUAGUAACUGUUCAAAUGGAUACUCAGCCUUUAGGCCAACCCAAAAUCUGGGUCUGACAUCUAAAGUUGUUAUUCUACAAGCAUCUUACAGGUGAGAGUUUCAGCAACCUGCAAAAGAGAAAAGAGAAAACGCAUUGAAGACCACCAUGAAAUCUGAAGCAUCAAAUCGCCGGGGCGUUAUCAAGGUCCCUAGACUCUAGUUGCUUUUGAAAACACCGUCUAAACCGAGUAUCAGAUAAAGAAGCAACCUCUCCAACCUUAUAAUCAUCUCCCCAAUCGAUUAGAGGAUCCAAGAAAAUCACAAACAGAAGACAAAGAACCACGAUAGCCGUUGUAGAACAGCGAGAGUCGAUUUUCCAUAUCCCCUAUAUAUAUACCACCCUUCUUGUCGGCUAUUUAAAAAUUAAUGCUCUUCUACACUCGCUGGAUUCAAGUAUCGAUCGAAUUCUAGUAGGCCCUCCGAUACUUUCCUUUCCAAUUUGGAUUCCCCUAAAGAAGGGCAAGAGCCGGAAAGUAGAAAAGUGCGGGCGAAGGAUAGAGUUUGAUCCGUAUGGAAAGCUGAGAAAAACAUGAUACCGACCAAAAACUGAUUCUUACGAUGAAGGAAUGUGUUCUAAGCACCAAGUGAGGCAGCGGGCUUGAGAUUAGCGGAUAGGAUGGCUUUCGUUGGGGUGGUAUGGUA